UUCAUUACUUUUAUUUUAUAUUUCACUUUAUUACUUUACUUAUGUGACAACAUGGACAGCGACUUUUUCUGUACCGAGUGUCAGAUUCCAUUCACUGCUCGUAGCUCCUUGUAUCGCCACAUGAGACAAAAACAUGACAAAGAGCCAAGAGCUGUUUAUCCCAAUGCGUGUGCUUUCUGCCUUAAAACUUUUAAAUUUAAAUAUUUAUUAACUCAUCAUGUGAGCCAAGUUCAUAAUAAUAUCCCUAACCCUUCACUUGCCCAAUCUUCUUCGGUAUCUUUUGAAGACAUUACACACCUUUCCUCCUCCACUAAAACAAAUAUAAAGCAUCCUUCUUUACCCACCUCAUAUACUACUACAUGUUUGACAUCACCUUACAAUUUACUUUCACCCACAUCAGAUCCUCUUCACAAACAUCCCCACGUAAGUUUAUCGCCGCAUCCUUGCACUUCCUCUAUUAAAGUUCAAAUUCACACGCCUCCCACUCCCAGUUCCCCAAUCAGUUCUAAGGAAAAUUUUACAGGUACACCAUCAACAAAAGAGAAACUAAGAUGUCCACUUUCUGCUUGCUCAUCUUUUAUCUCUGCUCCUUCCAUAUCAGAUCGUCUUCACAAACAUUUCCACGUAAGUUUAUCGCCACAUCCUUGUACUUCCUCUACUAAAGUUCAAAUUCACACGCCUCUCAUUCCCAGUUCCCCAAUCAGUACUAAGGAAAAUUUUAUAGGUAUGUAG